GAGUGGAUCCUGAUCGAUCUCCUGGGCAGCUACGUGUUGCACGGGGGACUCGUCUUGUGGGGCGAUGCCGUGCCGGCCAGCUACGGCCUCGAGGUCAGUUCUGAUGGUGUGAACUGGGCACCGGUGUUUGAUGAGAUGGAGCCGUCUGCGGACUACCGCAACUACCACAACCUGCCCAGAAUCAUCGGGCAGUGGCUGAAGCUGACAUGCCACAACGAAGACACUGCCGGAUGCAGCAUGAAGGAAGUUUUGGUCCACGGCAUCCCGGCAGCGGACGUGAGCCUGGCCGAGCUCGAGGAGCUGGCGCAGAGGACGUCUUUUGCGAGCAGAGUCUUCCCGUCGGCGUGCUUGGCCUUUAUGUUACUGAAGAUGAUUGUAUAG